AUGGCGUACAAUCUGAGUGCCUCGCCGUCAUCUCCUUCCCUCGCCCGCGAAACCCACCUCUUCUGCAACUCCCUCUCUCUUCCAAACCUCUCCCAGCUCAGAAUCCACAAAAACCUCAUCUUCCCCUUCAAACCCCACUCCAAGAAGCCCUCCCUCCGCAUCUCCUCCAAGAUCUACGUACAGGAGGCCGAAAUCCAGGCCCAGACCCAAGAACCUCAGGGCCCGGAUCGAAAAUCAGCUCCUCGCCCGAAGUCCAACGCUUGGAUCAACCCGAAAAGCCCGCGGGCCUCGAAGCUGCUGCAGACAACCCACAAUUACAGGUACGACUCCUUAGCCAAACUCGCCAGAUCCUUAGAUUCGUGCGGCCAGACCGGUGAGGAUGUUUCGGGCCGGUUGAGUGUUCUGGGCAACAAAGUAACGGAACACGACGCCGUGGUCGUGGUGAACCACAUGUCGAACACUAAAGCUUCCCUUAUGGCGCUCGAGUACUUCUUGCGAAAGGUAGAAUCUCCUAGGAAGGUUGUUCUGUACAAUGUGACCAUGAAAGUGUUUAGAAAGAGUAAGGAUUUGGACGGUGCCCAGAAACUGUUCGACGAAAUGCUUGAGAGAGGGAUUAAGCCAGAUAACACCACCUUCUCGACUCUAAUCGGCUGCGCCAGGCUGUGUUCCUUGCCCGAGAAGGCAGUCGAGUGGUACGAAAAGAUGCCGGCAUUUGGGCUCGAGCCUGAUGGGGUCACUUGCUCGGUCAUGAUCGACUCGUAUGGUAAAGUGGGAAAAGAGGAUGUUGCUUUUGCUCUGUAUGAUCGAGCCAGGAACGAAAAAUGGCGUCUUGAUGCUGUGUCUUUCUCAACUUUGAUAAGAAUUUAUAUUUCGAGGGGGAAUUUCGACGGGUGCUUGAAUUUGUACGAGGAGAUGAAGGCCUUAGGGGUAAAGCCCAAUGCAAGCGUGUACAACUCAUUAUUAGAAGCAAUGGGCCGGGCCAAAAGGCCUUGGCAGGCCAAGAAUAUUUACCGGGAAAUGAUGAGAAAUGAAGUUAAUCCGAAUUGGGCCACAUACGCCGCUCUACUACGGGCCUAUGGUCGGGGCCGAUAUAUCCACGACAUACUAGCUGUUUAUAAGGAGAUGAAGGAGAAGAAUUUUGAGCUUAAUGUUGUGUUAUACAAUACUAUAUUAUCCACUUGUGCUGACGUGGGGUUUACCGACGAGGCUUUGGCUGUUUUUAAUGAUAUGAUGAAUUCGGGCACUUGCAAUCCCGAUUCAUGGACUUAUUCUUCAUUGAUCACGAUAUAUUCGUGCAGCGGGCAGGUCGAGGAGGCUGAGGCCACGCUGAAUGAGAUGAUGAAUUCGGGUUUCGAGCCGAACAUUAUUGUACUAACCUCGAUUAUCCAAUGUUAUGGGAAAGCCAAGCGUACGGGUGAUGUAGUGAAGACAUUCGAUAUGUUGUCUGAUUUCGGGAUAACUCCCGACGAGCAGUUUCUUUGCUGCCUUCUUAGCGUUUCGACCGAAGUGCCAAAGGAAGAACUUGGUCAGUUGACCGUUUGCAUCGAGAAGGCCAAUCCGAAGCUCGGCCAUUUUGUGAAUCUUGUAAUUGAUGAAGAAAGCUUAAUUGGAGAAGAAGAAGCCAAUGAGCUUUUUGACUCAGUUAGUGUUGCAAUGAGAAAAGCUUACCUGAAUUGCUUGAUCGAUUUAAGUGUUCAUGUGGGUGGGCUCGAGAGAGCUACUCAGAUGAUGAAAUUCGGGCUCGAGCGAGGAAUAUAUGAUAAUAUAACGAUUAGAUCAGAUAAAAUGUGGUAUUUGCAGCUAAGGAGACUGUCUCAAGGGGCGGCCUUGACGGGACUGCGUGUGUGGAUGAAUGAGUUGUGGAGAGCGGUUGAUAAUGGGGAGGAGUUGCCGAAUUUGUUAGGGAUUGAUACGGGCCAUGGGAAGCACAAGUUUUCGGAUCGGGCUUUGAUGGGCCUGUUCGAGGCCCAUUUGAAGGAGCUUGAUGCCCCGUUUCACGAGGUGCAGGAUAGGCCCGGCUGGUUUCAGACGACAAGUGUUGCGGCUAAGGCUUGGCUGGAGUCGAGGCGUGGCUUAGAUGAUGAUCCAAAUGGUGCCUAG